AUGGACGACGCGGGAAUAUCAGCAGUAGCAAAGCUUGCUGAAUAUUUGGUGGAUCCUACUUUGCACCAAUUGCAAUAUUUGUUUUGUGUUGGCAAAAUCACUAGAAAUGUUGAGACCAAAAGGGAGGAAUUAAUAUUGAAGCAAGGGAGGGUGCAAGAACUUGUUGAAGAAGCCAUUAAGAGGACUGAGAGGAUCGAUGAUGAGGUUAACAAGUGGAUGAAUGAGGUGGUGAGCCUCAUAGCAGAGGUGGAGAGCUUGGUGCAAGAACUGAAUGCCAACAAUAACUGCUUCCAAAGGUGGUGUCCUACUUGGAGGAGAUAUCAUCUCUGCAAAGUGUUGGCGAAGACAGCCCAGCAGAUGACAGAGUUGAAUGCAAAGAGUGAUCAGCUUGAACCAUUUUCUCAUUAUGUUAUUGUUCCAGAUAUAGAGUAUCACUCUUCUAAAGAUUUUAUGCUCUUCAGAUCAACAGAAAUGGCAUAUGAUGAGCUAUGGGAGGCACUGCAAGAUAAUGAUAGCUUUAUUAUUGGGUUGUGGGGCAUGGGCGGUUCAGGCAAAACCACAUUGGUCAAGGAAGUGGGAAAGAAAUCCAAAGAAUCAAAGCUGUUUGAUCGAGUUAUAAUCACAACAAUUUCCCAAACUCCAAAUAUAAGGAAGAGCCAAGGUGAAAUUGCAGACUUGUUGGGACUCGAGCUGAGGGAAGAAAGUGAAGUAGGAAGGGCAAGAAGAAUUGCAAUGAAAUUACAAAGUCCAAAGGAACAAAUUCUAAUUAUAUUGGAUGAUGUAUGGGCUAUGCUAAACCUUAAGGAUAUAGGGAAUCCCUUUAGGAAUGAAGGUCCAAGAAACUGCAAAGUUCUUCUUACCACGCGUCGUAAAGAGGUAUGUACCUUGAUGGAUUGCCAAAAAACUAUUUCAUUGGGUCUACUAACAGAAGGUGAAGCUUGGGAUCUAUUUCAAACUCAUGCUAAAGUAGAUGAUGGUGCAAUAGAAGUGGCUCAAGAAGUUGCCAUGGAAUGUAAGGGACUACCCAUUGCAAUUGUGGCCAUGGGGAAGUGCUUAAAAGCAAAAGGACUUGAUGAGAUAAAUGUAGUAUUGCAUAGGUUGAGACAUUCAAAGCCAGUUGUUGUGGAUGAAGGAGGGAGCGAUGCUUGUGCUUGUCUCAAGUUAAGCUAUGAUUAUUUGAAAACUGUAGAAGCCAAAUUGUUGUUCUUGAUAUGUGCUCUAUUUCCUGAAGAUCAUGAAAUCAUCAUUGAAGAUCUUUUCAGGUAUGGGAUUGGGUUAGGCUUAUGCAAAGAUGCUGACUCAUUGGAAAUAGGAAGAAGUCAAGUUAUAGCAGCUAUAAAUGUUCUCAUUGACUCUUCAUUGUUGACGUAUUAUGUCAACUCUUGGAAUGAAAAAUGUGUGAAAAUGCAUGACAUGGUUCGUGAUGUAGCUUUAUGGAUAGCACCUAAAGAGCAUGGUACUAUUAUGGUCAACUGUGCUAAAGAAUUUAAUGGAUUGCAUGAAAAUGAAUCAGCAAAGGAUUGCUAUGCAAUAUCUUCAUGGAAUAGAAAGAAUGAAUUACUUCAAUUUCCUUGUCAACUGGACGCUCCAAAGCUUGAGCUUAUGUUGAUAAAUUCAAGCAAACCCAUGGAUUUAUCACGUGCAUCAUUUGAAGGUGUUAAAGGACUAAAAGUUGUGGCUCUGAACAACAAUGGACCGUUCUAUUUGACAAAAUUGCUUCCUCAAUCAAUACAAUGGCUGUCCAAUCUUCAAACUUUGCGCUUGCGAGAUUGGGAUUUAGGUGACAUUUCUUUUGUGGUAAGCCUAAAAAGACUUGAAAUUCUUGACCUGAAAGGAAGCAGAUUCAAAAAAAUGCCAAAUGGAAUUGAAAAUCUAAUCCAUCUAAAAUUGCUGGACUUGUCAUGGUGUAUAGCUGAAGAGUGUUUUUAUAAAGCAAUGGGAAGGUGUUCACAACUAGAAGAAUUGUAUGCUUAUAUAAUACACCCUUCAAAAUGCACAACUUGUUAUGAAUGCUUUGUGGGUGUCCCUGCUCUUUCAAAAUUGGGAAGGUAUACGUUGGAAAUGGGGCCACACAACAAGACUAUGUUCCAGAAUAAAGGCAUAAGAGAGAUAUUCUUUGCAGAGUUAAAUAUCUCCAUCCCAAGUGCAAUGAUCAAGGAUCUUGCACAAAGAGCAAUUGCAAUUGAAUUUUAUAAGCUUCAAGGAGGUUGCAGAAGGUUCAGUCCAGAUGUGGUUCAAGCUGUAGGAGGCAUGAAUGAGUUAACUAAACUCUGUCUUCAACAUUGUUCUGAGAUCGAAUGCUUUACUGAUCAAACUAUUCCUCAUGAAGACAUAGUUGUCCUUAGAUUGGUUGAGCUGGUGUUGAAGCAUAUGGAUAAUCUAAAACAACUAUGUUAUGGCCCUUCAAAUGCUAGCUUAUUUCUAAAUCUAGGAAGUCUAAACAUAGAAAGUUGCCCUCAAUUGCACAACGUGUUUCCUAGUAAAUGCAAUUUAGGCAACCUUAAGUACCUCAACAUUGUCAACUGUCCGAUGUUGACAUCCCUCUUCCCUAUCUCAGUUGCUUGUACUUUGCUAUCGCUAGAACAACUCUCAAUAAAUGAAUGUCAUGAAUUGAAGCAUAUAAUUGAGGGAGAGGAUGGUAUUGUUGACGCAAGGGAGGAUCCGAUAUUCCCAAAAUGGGGAAUUCUGUCUGUCUGGAAUUGUAACCAAUUAGAAUCUAUUUGCCCAAGCUUUUGUGUUCAAGGGUUUACACAAUUAAAAUCUAUAUUCAUAAAAGAUGCUCCUCAGUUGAAAUUUGUAUUUGGUGAAGCAACAUCAAUAUGUGAUGGAAUAGAGACUAGCAUAGUGCUUCCACUUUUAGAAAAUUUCAGAUUGGAAAACCUCCCAAAUCUAGUCAGAAUUUGUCCAGAGAGCUAUCAUCUAUUGUGGCCAUCUCUAAUGAAAGCAGAAUGGACAAGCUGUCCUAAGAUAGAAUACUUCAUUUGA